AAAUUCUACCGGAGAUGUUAGAUGUUAGGGCCAACGAUAAGUGUGUAACCCUCUAGUUUAUAUUUAUACUUCCAAGCAAGCCAUACUACCAUAGUGCAAGUUGUUGCGAGUAUGAGAGUGCUGGUGACUGGUGCUUCGGGUUACUUAGGUGGGAGACUCUGCAACGGCCUGCUUCAACAAGGUUACUCUGUCCGCGCCUUGGUCCGUCGCACCAGCGAUGUCUCCGCCCUCCCUUCUCCAUCCACUGGCGGGGACUUCGAGCUCGCCUACGGUGAUGUCACCGACUAUCGGUCCCUCCUGGAUGCCUUCUCUGACUGUCACGUCAUCUUCCACGCUGCCGCUCUAGUCGAGCCCUGGCUACCGGAUCCUUCUAAAUUCUUCUCCGUCAACGUAGGGGGGUUGAAGAACGUGUUAGAGGCGGCUAGAGAAACAAAGACAAUCGAGAAAAUUAUCUACACGUCGUCGUUUUUCGCCCUUGGACCAACCGAUGGAUAUAUUGCCGAUGAGAACCAAGUGCACUCAGAGAGGGUUUUUUGUACGGAGUACGAGAAAUCCAAGGCGAUCGCUGAUAAAAUUGCAUUACAAGCUGCUGCCAAUGGUGUACCGAUAGUGGUGGUUUAUCCCGGUGUCAUUUAUGGUCCUGGCAAGCUUACUACGGGUAAUAUUGUGGCUCAAUUGCUGAUUGAACGAUUUCAAGGGCGUUUACCAGGAUACAUAGGCAAUGGAAAUGAUAAAUUUUCCUUCAGUCAUGUUGAUGAUGUAGUCCAAGGACACAUAGCAGCAAUGAACAAAGGUCAACCAGGUGAAAGGUAUCUACUCACAGGAGAAAAUGCAUCAUUCACGCAUAUUUUUAAUGUAGCUGCCAUUAUCACUAAAACAAAGAAACCAAGAUUUAGCAUUCCUUUAUGGCUGAUUGAGGCUUAUGGAUGGUUAUCAGUUCUUUUCUGUCGACUUACGGGAAAGCUUCCACUUAUCAGUCCACCGACAGUGCAUGUUCUAAGACACCAAUGGGCAUAUUCUUGUGAGAAGGCCAAAGCAAAAGUGGACUAUAAUCCUAGAAGCUUGCAGGAAGGACUAACGGAGUUACUUCCCUGGUUGAAAAGCUCAAGGGUGAUAAAAUAUUAAGUAGAAAAUAUUUAUUGUUGAAGGUGUUUUUUUCUUGUAGAAUAUCAUCUAGCUCUUGCUUUGUGUUGUUGUAUCUCUUGAAACUAUCAUAUCUUUCCUGUUUUAAAUCACUCUCUCUGAAGCGAUCAGUGAUGGAUUUAUCCUGUUAGAAGUCAUCACUAUUGAUUGAACGAUUAGAAAGUCAUUUUGCAGCCA